GCGUUGUUUUCCCAUAUCUAUAUCAGUUUCUGCUUCCACUGACUGCACUCUGCAAACCUGAAAACUCUCACACAGAGAGAGAGAGAGAGAGAGAGAGAGAGAGAGAGAUGGGACACCAUUCAUGCUGCAACAAGCAGAAGGUGAAGAGAGGGUUGUGGUCGCCUGAGGAAGACGAGAAACUCAUCAACUACAUUUCUACCUACGGCCAUGGCUGUUGGAGCUCAGUUCCCAGGCUUGCUGGGUUGCAGAGAUGUGGGAAAAGCUGCAGACUGAGGUGGAUAAAUUACCUAAGACCUGACCUCAAACGUGGGAGCUUUUCUCCCCAGGAAGCUGCUCUUAUCAUCGAACUCCACUUAAUUCUAGGCAACAGGUGGGCUCAGAUAGCGAAGUAUCUUCCAGGAAGAACAGACAAUGAAGUUAAGAACUUCUGGAAUUCAAGCAUCAAGAAGAAGAUAAUCUCUCGCGCUUGCUUCUCUGAUCAUCUAUCCGCCAUUAUUUCCAGCAAUAUCCCUGCAGACCCAAACACCGCUCCUUUUGAUCAUCAAACCCUCUUUUCUCUAAACCCUAGUUACAAUAAUAAUGUCAUCCUGGAUCAGGCUGGGAUCAUUUCUGCAGGAACAUCAUCGUCAUCUCCGUCCUCGUUCUUGCAGGCUGCUCAGAUGAUGGAUCAGAAUGGGAAUUUGGUGCUUCCUGUGAUGCCCUCUGCGCCGCCGCCGUCUGAUCCGGCGGCGGCGGCGUGGUUUCUUGGACAGCAGCCUCAGAAUCUCGAGCAUAAUUACUCCAUUUUCAGUGCUGCUGCUAAUAAUGAUCAUAUCGCCCCGCCGGAUUUCGAUAUGAUGUUGUUCCCUGCUAUGCCGAAGCUUUGCGAGAUGAUAAAGGCCGGCGGGGAUGCCGGCGAAAAUAUGCCCAUUGCGUCAUCCUCCUCCUCUUCUUCUUCCUCUGCGGUGGUCGCUGCCGCCGCACACGGCGGCGAUCUGGUUUUCCCGGCUAGCAGUCUCCCAUGUUACCCUUCUGGGUGCAAUGCACGUGACUUGCAGGUGGCGGCAGGGUAUGAAAUGGAGCAAACUGAUACAAUAAUCUUGCCAUCCUUUCCCCUACCACCACCACCGUCAUCAUUAUCGCCGCCGUUAUCAUUGUCGCCGGUGUCGUAUUCCGGGCAGUCAGGCAAUCAGCUUAUUAUUACAUAUCAAUCUUAGUACGUUCUCCACCUAAUCAUGGUAUGCAUGGUGUGAUGGGAUGAUUAAAGAUGGAAUCUUUUUGAACUUUUUGUUAUAUAUUAUUAAUUGGGAAAUAUAAUCUGGGAACCUAGAUGUUUCCACUUUGGGUUGUGUAGUAAUUUUAAUAAUGAAUAAUGGAUGCAUAAGGAUGUAUGUUCCAUAAUCAAUAUUGAUGAAGCAAAUUAA